UAGUUAGCUCGCCUCCCAAGGAUGUGGUUGUGGGUAAGAUAGCGUAGCAAACGAGGUGGAAGGAGUUUGCACUGCUCUCUGCUGUAUUGCAGUGUCACACUACCACUAAAACAAGGGACCCUUGCAGGUUUUCAGCAUUAAUGCUUCAGGGGGAUGACAUGGAUCUGUGACAAGGAUUUAAUGACAGAAGAUGGAAGUGGAAGAGAGCUGUGAAACGAGGACAAGCUGGAGGUCACAAAGAGCAGGAGAGAGUCAGUCUACAACCACUUGUGACCAUGCUGGAAAGAAGAGAAAACAAGACUCAACCACUGAUCCUGUGAUCCGAAUCUCAGAAGACGACGACGACGAGGCAGAGGUGGAACAAGAGGAGUUUGAAAUGUUGAAUGACUCAGAGGAGCCUAGCAACAAACGGGUCAAACCAGUUGUCAAGUCAAACAGCCUAACAGGGGUCAUCACCCCGGUCAAGACCCCUGCUCUCAAACGCAUCGGACAAUCCAUUUCGCGCUCCAUUAGUUUUCGUACAGAAGCGCGGCCUUUGCCCACGCCGCCCCUGCGCUCUCGCAACAAGGGCUCGUCGUUUCCACGGAGGCGUAACAGCCAGUGCUGGAGUGACACGGUGGAAAGUCACAACCUGACUGCCAAGGAGAUCAAACGUCAAGAGGUGAUCUAUGAGCUAACUGAGGGGGAGCGACAACUCAUUGAGGACCUCAGUCUUGUUAAGAAGGUGUACUAUGAGCCCAUGCUGAAACUGGACAUCAUGUCCGAGAAUGAACUCAGGCAGAUUUUUGGCACUCUGGACUCUCUCAUUCCUCUCCAUGAAGAUCUGCUGAGCCGUCUGGAGAGUCUGAGAGGGUCCAAGAAAACUGUGGGUGAAGUGGCUCCCACUCUGAUGAAUUGGUUUCCUUGCCUGGAGGCCUAUGUGACAUACUGCUGCAACCAGGUGGAAGCUAAAGCCCUGCUGGACCACAAGAAGAACGAGAAACCGGUGGAAAAGUUCUUGCGUCUGUGCCAGGAGUCGUCGUUCAGCAGGAAACUGGACCUGUGGAACUUCCUGGAUCUUCCCCGAAGCCGUUUGGUGAAAUACCCUCUUUUGCUGAAAGAGAUUCAGAAGUGCACGCCUCCAGAGCACCCCGAUGAGUUCACAUUGCCUGAUGCAUUGGAAUUGAUCCAUAGCAUUGUGGCGGAGGUGAACAAAAAGACGGGUGAGGCUGAGUGUCAGUUCUACCGGCGGGGGCUCACCUACAUUGAAGACUGCCAGAGGCUUCCAGAGAUCCAACAGUCACGUUUCCUUUAUUGCCACGGGGAGCUCAAGAACAAUAAGGGCCAGCGUCUGCAUGUAUUCCUGUUUGAACUGGCUCUGGUGCUGACCAGACCGGGAGAGGACCGGGAAGGAGGUCAUGUCUUCCAAGUCUACAGACAACCUCUUCCCAAUGCCUCCUUAAACCUGGAGGUGAUCCCAGAUGGGGAAACAGGUGGUGGGGGUUCCUUCAGAGGAGCCUUCACGGGUGGCAAUGACAAAGUGAAAAACUGUUUUCGUGUGAGCAGCAGGGGGCGCUCCAAGGCCCACUCCUACAGCCUGCAAGGCAACGACUCCUUUAGUAAGCAGCAGUGGGUCACGUGCCUACGCCAGGCCAUGGUCCAGUCUCGAGACAGGAAGGCCCAGAGCAGACAGUCGGUGGCGGCUCCCCACCCUGACCCUACCCUGUGUCACAUCGCUGACCUCAGCAUCGGUUGUGACUCCGACAUGGACGACGUCACCAGCCGCUGAGUAAAGCGAGCUGAUGUUGUGGAGGGCCUCUUUGGUGUCUGUUCAGCUGUGAGUUGGGCUUUUUGCACUCUUGGAGAACCCCACUGAAUGGGCUUAUUUUGUAUAGCUUUGGAACUAUGUUAAUGAAUGUACAUUUGCCAUGUGUGAACCUUUGUAAUAAUAAACUGGCACAUAAAAGUUUGUUGAAGAA